AUGGUAAUUAAGGAACGAUGGGAGGUGUUGGAUGCAAUUGGAAAAGGAUCGUUUGGAAAGAUCUUUCGCGGCUACGACAUUCAAAUGGGAUGGCCGGUGGCGAUUAAGACGGAGAAGGUUGACUGCUCCUUGCCUCAGCUUGAACCAGAGACGUAUAUCCUGCGAGCUUUGCAGGGCGGACAGCACAUUGCGAAAUUUUUAGGGUGCGGGAACAUAGGAAACGUGAAUUUUUUGGUCAUGCAGCAUCUGGGUCAAAGUUUGCACACGCUGAGGUAUUUCAUGCCUAGAAGAAGGUUCACUCGAUCCACCACACUGAGGUUGGGCAUUCAAAUGCUGGAGGCCGUGCAAAUGAUGCACGACCACGGUUUCCUACAUCGAGAUAUUAAACCGGCUAACUUCGUCCUGGGAAGCGCUGAGGACCGAUUGCACAGACUUGUGUAUAUCAUAGAUUUUGGACUUAGUCGUGCCUACGCAGACCUGACCAGUAGUAGGUUGCGGCGACCAAGGCAAUACUGCAGAUUCAAGGGAACGAUACGUUAUGCGUCCGUCGGCAGCCUUCAUUUCGAAGACACCAGUCGUCGCGACGAUCUUUGGUCGCUCUUCUAUGUGAUGCUCGAGAUGCUCGUGGCGCGGCUUCCAUGGCACAGUGAAAAUCAGAUCAUAAAGAUUGUCGCGAUGAAGAAAACUACGGAUUAUGAAUAUUUGCUUGGAGAAAACCAGCCUGAAAUGCUACACUUUCUUAAUCACCUACAAAGCCUGAACUAUUAUGCAAGACCGGAUUAUGAUAUGUUAUAUUCCAUAUUCACUGACGGUCUUCGUGCAGAUAAUGUGCACAAAGAUGAUCCAUUUGACUGGGAGAUUUAUCACAACUGA